ACCCAAUGGACCCAAUGGACACUAUGAGAUCAAUGGACCCAAUGGACCCAAUGGACCCAAUGGUUCCAAUGGACACUGUGAUAUCAAUGGACCCAAUGGACCCAAUGGACCCAAUGGACACUGUGAUAUCAAUGGACCCAAUGGACCCAAUGGACCCAACAGAACCAAUGGAACCAUUGGACCCAAUGGCACUGCUGGCGCUGCUGGAGGGCCGCGGGCUGCUGUGACACCACCCGGCCCAAUGGGCUCACACGGAACCAAUGGACCCAAUGGGACCCAAUGGACCCAAUGGACACUGUGUUAUCAAUGGGCACAAUGGACCCAAUGGUCCCAAUGGACCCAAUGGACACUGUGAUAUCAAUGGACCCAAUGGACCCAAUGGACCCAAUGGACCCAAUGGACCCAAUGGACCCAAUGGACACUCUGAUAUCAAUGGACCCAAUGGACACUGUGAUAUCAAUGGACCCAAUGGACCCAAUGGACCCAAUGGGCACUGUGAUAUCAAUGGACCCAAUGGACCCAAUGGACCCAAUGGACGCUAUGAUAUCAAUGGAUCCAAUGGACCCAAUGGACCCAAUGGACACUAUGAGAUCAAUGGACCCAAUGGACCCAAUGGACCCAAUGGCACUGCUGGCGCUGCUGGAGGGCCGCGGGCUGCUGUGACACCACCCGGCCCAAUGGGCUCACACGGAACCGACCCACCCAAUGGGACCCAUGGACCCGAUGGGCACUGUCAUAUCAAUGGACCCAAUGGACCCAAUGGGCACUGUGAUAUCAAUGGACCCAAUGGACCCAAUGGACCCAAUGGACCCAAUGGACACUGUCAUAUCAAUGCACCCAGUGGACACAAUGGACCCAAUGGUUCCAAUGGACACUGUGAUAUCAAUGGACCCAAUGGACCCAAUAGACCCAAUGGACCCAAUGGACCCAAUGGACGCUAUGAUAUCAAUGGACCCAAUGGACCCAAUGGACCCAAUGGACGCUAUGAUAUCAAGGGACCCAAUGGACCCAAUGGAACCAAUGGAACCGAUGGACCCGAUGGACCCAAUGGACCCAGUGGAACCACUGGACCCAAUGGCACUGCUGGCGCUGCUGGAGGGCCGCGGGCUGCUGUGACACCACCCGGCCCAAUGGGCUCACACGGAACCGACCGACCCAAUGGGACCCAUGGACCCAAUGGGCACUGUGUUAUCAAUGGACCCAAUGGACACUAUGAUAUCAAUGGACCCAAUGGACCCAAUGGACCCAAUGGGCACUGUCAUAUCAAUGGACACAAUGGGCCCAAUGGACACUGUGUUAUCAAUGGAUGCAAUGGACCCAAUGGACCCAAUGGACCCAAUGGACCCAACAGAACCAAUGGACCCAAUGGAACCAACAGAACCAAUGGACCCAAUGGACCCAAUGGACACUAUGAUAUCAAUGGACCCAACAGAACCAAUGGACCCAAUAAAACCAAUGGAACCAACAGAACCAAUGGAACCGAGGGACCCAACGGAACCAACGGACCCAAUGGCACCAAUGGACACAGUGGACCCAAUGGACCCAACAGAACCAACGGACCCAAUGGACCCAACGGAACCAAUGGACUCAACGGAACCAAGGGACCCAAUGGCGCCAAUGGGCCCAAUGGACCCAAUAGAACAAAUGGACCCAAUGGAACCAAUAGAACCAAUGGACCCAACAGAACCAAUGUAACCGAGGGACCCAAUGGACCCAAAGGACCCAAUGAACCCAACGGACCCAACGGAACCAAUGGACCCGAUGGAAUCAAUGGACCCAACAGAACCAAUGGAACCGAGGGACCCAACGGAACCAACGGACCCAAUGGCGCCAAUGGACACAGUGGACCCAAUGGACCCAGUGGACCCAAUAGAACCAAUGGACCCAAUGGAACCAAUGGACCCAAUAGAACCAAUAGAACCGAGGGACCCAAAGCACCCAAUGGAACCAAUGGAGCCAAUGGAAGCAACGGAACCAACGGACCCAAUAGAACCGAUGGACCCAACAGAACCGAGGACCCAAUGGACCCAAGGGAACCAAUAGAACCAGUGGACCCAACGGAACCAAUGAACCCAAUGGCGCCAAUGGACCCAAUGGACCCAAUGGACCCAAUGGACCCAAUGGACCCAAUGGAACCGAGGGAUCCAAAGCACCCAAUGGAACCAAUGGAGCCAAUGGACCCAAUGGACCCAAUGGACCCAAUGGACCCAACAGAACCAAUGGCCCCAAUGGAACCAAUAGAACCAAUGGACCCAACAGAACCAAUGGAACCAAUGGAACCAAGGGACCCAAUGGCGCCAAUGGCAGCAGGCCUUUGCUUUCGGCCGUUCGUUUCCUUGCCUUUAUUAAUUGCACUGUUAAUUACAAUGAGCUGCGUUCCAUGAGC